GACCACGCCUUCCAUAUCUCUACAAUGGCUCUUAACCACAUACCUUGUGUGCUACCUAUCUCAACACUCCCUAGCCAGCACCAAGACAGAAAUCACACUUCCUUCACAUCACUCAUCAGAAAAACUUGUGUUCCUCGUACAAUCAAAUGUGGUGUUGUGGAUCAUGAUAAAACCAUCAUUAGGCGAUCUGCAAACUACCAACCUCCCGUUUGGGAUCACAACUAUAUUCAAUCCCUCAAUAGUGAAUAUUCAAGAGGAUCACAUGUUGAAGAGGCUAACAAGCUGAAGGGGGAAGUGAAGAUGAUGCUGAAUAAAUUGAUGGAUCAUGUUGAACAACUUGAGCUAAUCGAUACCUUACAGAGGCUUGGAUUGUCCUAUCACUUUGAACAAGACAUUAUACGAAUAAUCGACACCAUCUACAACAAUAUGAAGUACAAUAAACAGAGUAUAAGAGAUAUGAAUUUAUAUGCUACUUCUCUAGAAUUUAGAAUACUACGUCAACAUGGGUAUAAUGUCAAUCAAGAGGUUUUUCUAAGCUUCCAAGAUGAGAAAGGGAACUUCAAGGCAUGUCUUCGUGACGAUAUCAAAGGAAUGCUACAUCUAUAUGAAGCUUCAUUUCUGAUGGUUGCAGGUGAAACUAUCUUGGAGGAUGCAAGAGAUUUUGCUUCAAAACAUCUAAAGGAGUAUGUUAACAACAAAAACCAAGAUGAGGAUGGAGUUUUGUACGAGCUAGUGAGUCAUGCCUUGGAGCUUCCAUUGCAUUGCAGGAUGCUAAGAUUGGAAGCUAGGUGGUUUAUUGAUGUUUAUGAGAGAACACAAGGCAUGAAUCCAACUCUACUCGAGUUUGCCAAGUUGGAUUUCAAUACUAUUCAGGCUAAACACCAGGAAGAUCUUCGAUUAGCUUCCAAGUGGUGGAGGUCUACCGGAGUAGCUGAAACAUUGAGCUUUGCAAGAGACACAAUGAUGGCUAACUUUAUUUGGUCAGUCGGGAUGGCAUUUGAGCCUCAAUUUGGAUACUACAGGAGAAUGCAAACCAGGGUGAACGCACUAGUCACUGUACUUGAUGAUAUUUACGAUGUCUAUGGUAGUUUGGAUGAGCUCAAACUCUUUACAAACGCUAUUCAAAGAUGGGAUGUGGAUGCAAUAGAAGAACUUCCAAACUACAUGAAGAUACCUUUCUUCACUUUGUAUAAUGCCAUGAAUGAAGUAGCUUUCAAUGUUCUAAAGGAAAAAGGAUUCUACGUUGUUCCUUACUUGAAGAAAGCUUUUGCAGAUUUAUGUAGAUGUUAUUUAUCAGAGGCGAAGUGGUUUUACAGUGGAUACAAACCAACUCUGCAAGAGUACAUGAAGGAAUCAUGGAUUUCAAUAGCAACACCAGCAAUGCUUGUCCAUACUUGUUUGAUUACAACUCCCUUGUCCAAUGACAUCUUGAAAAGUUUAGCAAAAUAUCCAGAUAUACUUCGUUACUCGUCCAUGAUUGUACGAUUGGCAGACGAUCUGGGAACUUCCACGGAUGAGAUGAAAAGAGGAGAUAAUCCUAAAUCAAUCCAGUGUUACAUGCAUGAAACAGGCGCAUCAGAAGAAGAAGCACGACAACACAUACGAUAUUUGAUUAGCGAAACAUGGAAGAAGAUCAAUGCAGAAAAACUUGCAGAAUCUGAUUUCUCUCCAAUUUUUAUUGACAUUGUAAUAAACCUGGCACGAACAGGCCAGACCAUGUACUUGUACGGAGAUGGUCAUGCUGGCCAAGACAAUGAGACUAUAGAUCGUAUGAAAUCAUUGUUCAUAGAUCCCAUCUCUUGAAAACUAUGAAUAGGUUGUCUUAAUCACCAUGUUUUACAAUGAUAUCAAUAAAUGAUUUUGCUUAAUUA